AUCGGCAAUCCAUUGUAGUAAACAUGGCUGCAACUAUGUCUGAAAAGUCUAUGAGCGAUGAAGUUUGGCUCAUAUCUCGUGCUAGAGCUUGUAUGAAACCCAGUAAGAAUGACCCAUAUGCAGCAAAAGCCUGGAUGAUAACAGCUAGAUCUUUGUUUCCUAAUAACUUUUCUAUACAGUUUGAAGCUUAUUCUUUGGAGAAAGCUGGGAGGAAUGUUAAGGAGGCAGCAAAGUUACUAGAAGAAAUGUUUGUCUCAUUUCCAAAUGAAUCUCAACUUUGGGAGGAAAUACAAGAAAUAUUAGAAAUUCUUCAAACUGAAAUGUCAGCAAAUAGUCACAAGAACUUUCUUACUGAGAUCUUUGCUGCAGUCUCCACUCCAUCACAGUGCCAGAUGUUACUAAGUGUAGCUCAGAAAAUCAGUAAUACUCUAGAACAAUGUCGACUUCUCCUUCUGGCUAUGAGGAAGUUCCCAAAUCUGGUGUUUGAACAUGGUCUGAAAUUACUUGACACACUUCAACAAGCAGAGCUUGAAGCAAAGAUUAAGUAUCCAGUCAACUGUUACAGGAAACUAUUUGUGUGUGAUGUCCUACCAUUAGUUCUUCAGAAGGUGAAAAAACUUGAGAUCCAGAAAGCUCAGAUCUACAGAUGGCUACAAAUGUCUGUUGAAUUUUACAUUAUGUAUGUCACCCAGUCACCAAGUUUUAAUGGAAAUACCAGAAAUUCUCCAGAGAUGCUGUCACCUACAAAGUUAAGUAACAGAGUGAGUAUACCUGGCCUGUUUGACAAGGAGUGUCAAGUCAGUGAUCCCUGGGGGAGUCUUCUCAAACUUAUCAUACUUCUGGGUCAGCUGAUGGACUGGGAUGUUCCACCUGAUCUGUUUAGUGAACCAAGAGAAAUCCAGUACAAGAACAUUUACAGCCUGUAUAACCGAGCUCGCCAGUCACACUCACCUGAGCAGACCCGCCAGGUGUUGUACACAACAGUGGUCUUAUUCCUAGAGUGCCUCUACACCUAUGUCAGUAGUGUAGAUCCCCAGUCAUUCCUCGGUCCCAGUGCCAGCCACACCCCACUGGUUCUUAUGGAGAAAUUUGAAAAUGAAACUUCAGAAGAGGAACCCCAAGCAAAGAAAGUGAAAGUACAAGCAGAUGGCAAUCCUACAAUAGUAGGAGCAGAGUGUCUCACAAACUCCAGCAAAAUUAUCAAUAGUUUUACCACAGCAUUCAAAUGUUAUGAGCUCAUGCACUCAACAACAGAACUGCAAACAGAAUUUAUGAAGCUGUGUGAGAUAUGGCACAUGGAGACCUGGACCUGGAUGGGACAUUUCCAGACAGACAUGCUCAUUUAUCAGGGUGCCUUCACAGAUGCCAUUGCACAUCUCCAAAACUUUUCAUCUGCCAUAAAAGAAAACAUGCAACUCAGAAGUAAUCUGCAGAUGGCAUGCUGCUUUUAUUGUCUGCAGAAAUAUUCAAAAGCCUGUGAGUUGGUGUUGAAUGUAAUCAAAGAUCUGCCAUACACACAUGACAGGUUGCCCAUCUCAAAUCUGUCAGAGCCCACAGGAGCUAAGGGCAGACAACUCUGGUUGACAAAGUGCACAGAAGCGGAGAUUCUCCCAUACUGUAUACAGUUACUUCUAGCUGCUCUUAAGUCUAAAGCAUUUUCCUCUAAAGGUGAUGAUACAUCACUAGGUCACAUGGUGGUGUUAUUGCAGUAUGAUUGGCCAAAGUCUGAAGCUCUGUUCUAUGAAGUCCUGAAGAAAGUCAUACUGCAAAACAGCCUUGUAUACAAUCAGUUUUUCAAUUAUGUUAUAAAUGUUGAUAUCCUGGAAGAAUUUGCAUUUCUGAAAACAUCAGAAGGAGGAAAAGUGAAUCUUGAUAUUUUGCCAACCAGUGUAAAAGUUAUCUCUCAACAGAGAACAGUGACAAGGGGAGUUAACAAGGGAGUCAAAGAGGAUUUUAAACAAACCAUGGUAAAGCAAGUUGGACGCAGUGAAGAACCAGUUGAAAAAUUAAUAAGGACAUUUUUGACAAAUGAAAGAAUUAGCAUAUUAAAAGCACUGACCUGA